AAGAAGGCAACCAAUCCGAUGUGUGAUCUCGAGAGGAAACAUUAAUUAACAUAGAUUUAGUAAUAAUCCAAGUUAACGUAAUCGAAGGGAACUAGUUUAAGUGCGCUCCACCGAAAGAUGUCGUUCAAGAAAGACCUGCUGCUGCUAUUGAAACCCUACUAUUGGGUGAACAUUCUGAUGAGCAUUUCGUACAUCGUCGCAAAGCGAGCCCCGUUCAUAUGCAACUAUUUAUGGACUUAUUUGUUCGGGCAAGAGGACCAGUGUGAGCUCGAUGGCCGGGAAACGGAGAUCCUGUUCUUCCUCAUCAUCGUGGUGAUGGUCCGUACACGAAAAACGGGCAGUGUCACGAUGAUCAACUAUCUGACCUCCAGCUUCAUGUACACCAAGAUAGCCAAUCUCGGCCUGUGGUUCUACAACGAUAUCCGUCUGGGGAUGAUCUAUUUUGUGUUUUUCAUCCUCGUCGCGCUACUGCUGCCGGAACCGACGUACACUGGGCCGGAGAAUGUGCUCUACUUCCGCACGGAGAACGCACUGGACGAGGAGCUGGAGAAGGACAAGCGUGUUACCUGGCUGGUAACGUUCUACACCGUGUGGAAUCCGGCGUGCGUCAAUUUUGCCCCCAUUUUUUCGGAGCUGUCGAAUGAGUAUUCUCUGCAAAAUCUGAAAUUCGGCAAACUGGACAUUGGAAGAUUUCCGAAGGUCGGCCAAAAGUAUCACGUCUCGGAUAGUUCCUUUAGCCGGCAGCUACCGACCGUAAUUUUGUUCCGACAAGGCAAAGAGGUCGUCCGCCGUCCGUUCGCCGAUAGCAAGGGGAAGCUGGUGAAGUUCUUCUUUUCCGCCGACAACGUAAAAGCCGCAUUCGAUUUGAACAACCUGUUCAAGGAAUGCAAAGAUAACCCUAUCAAGGCGAUCAAAUCGGUUACGGAGAAGAAGAAAGAUUAGGUUCAAACACGCCUGUCCUGGGAGGCCCGUUACAUUCGCACCGCAUUGGCAUUUAGUGACAUCUGCAAAGGAUGAGCCGCGACACAGAUUGGUGUGUUUUUAUCUAAUCGGUUCUACCUACAUUUGAACCGCGAGUGCUAAUCGAUGCAAGCAAAGUUAAGCCGAGUAGGUUAAACCGAUAGCAUCGGAAUUACUAUUUUUUCGUCGAUUGGUUGAUGUUUCGUUAAUAGCUUUAGUAAAGUUUACGCGUUUUUAAUUUAUGAUUUCAUGUCAAUCGCACAUUCAAGGACACAUGUUUUGUUUUAUUUAAGUGUUUUAGCAAUCGUAACCAAGAUUGUAAAUUGAAAAAAAAGAGUAGUCAAAUAAACCGAAGCGUUGUAGAAU